GCUUCCGGUUGCCCUUUCCCCUCUGACCCCGCUGUUAACCUUGAGCUGUCUGAGCGGCUUGCUGGAGCAGGAUGGCCAAGUACUUGGCACAAAUCCUGGUUAUGGGAGCGCAAGUUGUAGGCAGAGCAUUUACACGGGCAUUGCGUCAAGAGUUGGCUGCGAGUAGAGCAGCAGCUCAAGCAAGAGGCGGUCGAGCUGGUACGGAGUCUGCAGCUGCCAGCAGCCUGUCUGGGAUUAGCCUCCAGGAAGCCCAACAGAUCCUCAACAUCUCCAAACUGAAUCCCGAGGAGAUCCAGAAGAAUUACGAUCACCUUUUCAAAGUAAAUGACAAGACAGCUGGAGGAUCCUUCUACUUACAAUCUAAGGUUGUUCGAGCCAAGGAGCGGCUUGACCAGGAGUUACACAUCCAGCAAAAGGAACAAGCACAGGAAGAAAGCAAGCAGACGUGACCCCUGACCCCAUCUUACUAAAUCGUAUAGUGCAGCCUCCAUCUCUGCCCAUAGAAUGACAACCCCUAUAAUCCUGAGCCAGCCACUGACCGCUGCUGAGCUACACCACAACGAGAGAUGGUUGUUUUAGUUAAUCGGGCGCUGGAGAAAUGCAAUUUGAAUACACCUGGUUUACGCCAGAGGCUAGCGACACAUUACAUAACCGAUAAUCUCUUGACGGACAAUGGGAUCGGGAGGCCAAUCUGCCAACAAAUGGAAUUGUAAUUUAUAAUUGUGCUAAUAAAGCGAUCUGGUUUAGUUUUGUUUAUGAAAUAAUUUCAGUGUUUUCUGUUUUGUUUAAGCACCUUAGAGAUGCUCUGAUUUCUGCCAUGCAGAUCGUAUAGAGCGGCCUAUCUUGGGUAAUGCCAGUGCUAUCUCUGUCCCAAUCAAGUGUCCUGUAACAUGUAACAAGUGCAAAUAUAAACUGCUGGAUUGUGUAGGUAACUGCUCGUACAGAUAUAUAAUCUAUAACCACGGCACCUUGUAAUAAAGACAAACUGCCCUUA